GUUUGACACAGCUGAGACUAAUAACUCAGAGGAGUUUGGAGGAGAGUGACGGGACAAUACAAAGGAAUACUAUUUGGAUUGUCUUUCAAUAGAACAUCGCUUAAUUAUAUAUAUAUUUUUUCUUUCGUCAAAUCAUGUAUUGUAGCAUCUACUUUGGGCUUCUCUUCUUGUGCGUUCAACUCUGCGAGGUGAUUGGAAGUGAUGUUACCACUGCUCUACAAGGUGCCAUUGAGACUGAGUGUCGUGAUCGGUAUUUCUGGGUGUCUGUUGAUGUGGGCUUUGCAGGCCAUGGCAGAUUUGAGGCUGUAGCUGAAAAUGAAGUGCAUAUUAUUAGUGAGGAUCAUGCAUCAAUAUGUGGCUACACUGUGAGGAACUUAAGUGGACGGGCGUCUCUGAGGGCUUCCUAUUUCUCCUGCCAUACCGGAAACCAGAAUGACAACAACUUCCUUUUCAAGCUGAAUGUUGUUUUGACUGACCAUACGGGAAAAGAGAAUAAAUACUCCGUCUCGGAGACAUGCACGCUGCCGGUUGACUGGUCUGCAAAAGAGAUCCUCUGUGAAGAAGACUACAUAGAGGUGACCGUGGCGAGAGGUACACCCUGCAUGACCGAUAAACACCCAAAUAAAGAAGCGUGGCUGGCUGCUCUCGCUUUUGCCCAGAGAUCUGCCAUCUCUGAGUGGCAGAUAAUGUUCCCGAAUCGGGGCGGUUUGGAUGCGAUGUCUAUCUCUGAAGCCAGGCGAAUGGGAUACAUGGUGGAUUCCACUCCAAACAGGGUGGUCUUUCGCUCUGCCUACAAUCAGCCGCAUUCAACAAUCUCAGAGAUUGACGGCAUCGCUGUAGAGGUGAUUAAUGCAACAGUGUUUUUCAGGCAGAAAUGGGCGGUAGUGAUGCUUGACUCGUCUGCAGCAUGUACGAUAGCCCCUAGCUCGUUCGAUGGGUCGAAUUUGCACUGGACGACUCCUAAAGUGAUGAGCCCGCUGGUGCAGGACCCCUCUGGGUUUGUAAGCAGGAGUAUUGAGCUGGGUGUGGAUGCUCAGCUCAUGGACGAGACCAGCAGGAAAGCCAUGGGUUACACACUGGAAGAAGAUGGGCAGGUGGUGCGCGUAUCAGUCCCUUUUGGUGCACCAGGAGGUUACAGAAUGAGCGUAGUUGAAAAUAAUGUCUAUAAAGAGAUGUACAUUGCUUUCCUGUGCUAUGAGCACAUCUACUCUCAUGUGUUUAUGGACGAUACUGAGAUACAGACCAGGCAUCGCCAGCUACUAGUCAUAGAGACGCCACUAGUUUCUCGGAUUCCUUUCACUAUAGAUGAAACGUUGCCAAAUGAAGAGACGUUCACUGUAUAUCUUGGUAGUUUUCCUUCGGAUGUGGAGCUUGUUGCAGUCAAGCUGAAUGAGAAGUAUCUGUCAGUAACAGAUGCCAUUCAACAGCUUUACUUCAUUACAACGAUUCCUCACGUCAAUGGGACCCACGGCUUCAUCAUCAAGAUUCCUUUUGAUGAUAAAUCCGUUAACCGAGCGUAUUUGGGCGAAGGACUUCUCCAGUAUUCUGUGGAAAUUAACUACACCCUAAAUAUAAUCGGGCGAAAUGACACAUUUUUCCACCACGUCUCUGUUGUGGCACACGUUAAUGAUGCUUUCCCUCCGGAUGUUACCGCUUUCUGUACACCACAGAGCAUAAUAUUCACAAUCAAUCAUGUGAGGCAAGCUGGACUUUGGCAGGUUUUUGUGGGGGAUCAAGCUCUCACAUCUGACUUAUCCGGGGAUAAGGGAUACACACUGAAGAACGACAGUAACAGUAUGAUUCUGGAGGUCCCACUCUUCACAUCAGGCUACAUUUAUGAGGACAUCACAUUGCAAAUCUUUGUCGGUGCUUUUGAGAUUCUUAUAAGAGACUCAAAGACUCUGGAGAUUCACAAGAGAACAACUAAGCGCUGUUACUUUCAGACUGAAGACCUAACAGUGUGUUCUGCAGAUGGAAUAAUGACCGUGGUAGCAACUACUACAAAAACCUGGCCAACAGUGCCACCGAGAAGCAUAAGCCUACUAGACAGAAGAUGCAGACCCAAGGAAACGGAUAAAACAAGGGUCAUGUUUUCUUUUGGUGUGGAUACAUGUGGGACUAGAUUUAUGUUGGGCGAUGGCUACAUUGUGUAUGAAAACGAGGUCAUUUCUAAUGAAGAUGCCAUAGUUGACCAGGAAUCAACCAUUAAAAGGCAAUCAGAAUUUAGGCUCACCGUGAGAUGCUUCUAUCCACUUGGCUCUGUUAAGAAGCUGUUUAUAUCAAGAUUUGGACUACAAGGCAACUCUAGCAGCUCUCAGACAGCCUCUGUUUUUGACCCUAAACCAUGGCCAAAUGAACUUCCUCAUGAGACGCAGUUUGCGCAAAGAGGACUUCCGCACCCAACGUAUCCCUCAUCAAAUCAGGACAGGAAGACGUCAGAAGUCCGUUACCAGACCAGCGGUGUCUCCAAGGAAUCUGGUGUGAAACUUGCACCCCAACAGAUUCUCAAUCAUAGCUCCAGUCCACCUGUGACGCAUGCAGGGCAGCAAAACGCUUUUGAAGACCACGGAUCUGUGCUUGUUGAGCUCCCGCAGGAAACGUCUAUGAAAAGGAGUGGCCAAAAUAAUAAUUCUAGGAUGAGUGGCGAUGACAGCUCUGCUUCAGCUUUCUACAGGGGAUCUAAACAUACAUCGCACAUCAUAAACGAAACCUUGCCUUCCAUUUUACAGUCUGUCAUUGCCAUCACUAAUCCAACAAACUACAGCCCAAACAGCGACGAAGUGAGUGACCGGCUUUUCCUGAGGGAGUACACGGACCAUUACGCUCCUGACAGUGGUUUUGAACACUCCCCAGAUCAUUUUAAUGAACUGAUCAACAAUCUGUCCACAAGAGAUCCUUUACUCUAUACUGACAGUAUCAUUCCUGACAAACUUGAAGGUAAAACUAAAGACGGGCAAAAACAUUUGGAAAGUUACACACUUCCUACAUUCGACAUGAAAUAUAAGAACAACGUUGACACUGAAAGCAGUGCUCGGUCGUUUAAAGAGCACGGAUUGGAAAAACUAGACCUUUUACCCAUAGCAAACGAGCGCAACACUUUCGUGCAUGAUGACUAUAAUCCACAGAAAUUGGCAUUUUUGCAAACACACCAGCAAAAAGAAGCGGAAGAUGAGCGUUUGCUUUCUGAUCGUAAGCUUUUAGUAGUAAAACCAUCAUAUGACAAACUGAGAGGGACCCUGUUCUUCCCAGGCAGCAGAAGCCGUUACGGUCCCAGCAUUCAUAAAGGAAUAAUAAGAGGAUGACCACGGAGGCAGCGUGAAAAGAGGUUUUACUGUUAAAUGGUGAAUCCAAAUGAUAAAAUUUGUCAUGUUGAGGAGAGUGCGACGAGAUGCGGCAAAUAACACAUGACAGUCCCAUGCGGAGAAAUCAAGCCUACUCAAACUGAGGGCGUAAUGUAUGGAAUACUUCUUUCGCAAAUAAAAUGCAUUGUGAU